AUGAGCAAAACGGCAGUCGGAAUCCUUGGUGGUGAUGACGAAUUAUUGCAAAGUUUUGUUCGUGUAGGCCUUCACUCUGAAGGAGAUGAUGGUAGACAGAUGCAAGAUCUAUCCAUCGGCGGUGCUUCCGGUGGAGGAGGGGGCCUAGGUGCGUCGGGAAACUCGGGAUCACAUCCAAUAAGCCACCCCAAGGCCGAAUCGCAUUUGGUGAGACAGUAUUCGGACCAUAUGUCAGAUUUCAGCGAUAAAAAUGCUCCACGCAAGUACAGAAAUCUCUUUAACGAGCCCAUAGACCUCAAGAAACGACGUUACUUUGACGAAGUUUAUACCGAUAAGGAUCGUGCCGCUGCUGUAAGCAUUGGCAGCUAUGAUAUAAAGCAGAAUCUCCUGAAUAAACGUCGUCAGGAGCGCCAUGAUGCACUUCAGCUACCGGAGCAAGCAGAUCCUGGAGCCAUUUUGGCACUUGGAAUGCGUGAGAUUAAAAACCGUAACCUGGACAACGCCGUUCAUUUUCUAUCAAAGGCACUGGAAAUGAACAACAAUGAUCAAAGUGCAUUAGUUGCAAGAAGCAAAUGCUACCUUCAGCUCGGCGAACCGGCAAAAGCUUUGCAGGAUGCGGAGACAGCGUUGCUAUUGGAUAAAAGCAACAUUCGAGCCAUUUACCAAAAAGCGGAAGCCUUGUAUUAUUUGGGCCAAUUUGAGCAUAGUUUGAUGUUUUUUCAUCGCGGCCUAAGAUUAAGGCCCGAGCUUGCGAGCUUUAGGUUAGGAGUUCAAAAAACACAGGAAGCAAUCGAAAAUACUAUUGGAAGUAACACUAAGAACCAACCACAACCGAAAAAACCUGCAAAAUCAGAUAAACCGAAAACGGUCAAAAGGGUUCCGCUCUCAAGGGAAGAAAUGGACAAAAAAGCUGCUAGACGGCUUCUAGGUGACCUCUAUGUAGAUAAGGAAUAUUUGGAAAAUCUAUUGAAACAUCCGGAUCUUAAAAAAGCGGACACGAAUACAGAAGGAGUGUCGGAGUUCGCAAAGGAUGCAAUUAAUUUUCUCAACAAUAGACAAGAAUUUUGGCGCCAGCAGAAGCCCUGUACUAGUUUGAAUGCAAAAAAGAUUAGCGGAAACAAUGGAGGACUUCCGCGGUGGUAAAGCAAAAAAAAUAGUUGUAAUGCUGAGGAGAUUUCGUGUUAAUUUUUCAAAUUUUGAAUAUCAUGUAGUAAUAGUGGUGCUUGUUAGAAAAUAUGUAGUUGUAUGAAGUUGUUCCAAUU